AUGUCCGUAGCCACUGCGGCCACCUCCAAGAUCAACGGGAAGCCCAACGGUACGGGCGCCGUCUUGAAUGACCCACGCGACUUGGUCGCCGGUCCUGUACCCUUUUCCUCGCGUCUGAGAGAGGGCCGCGCGCUUGCUCAAGAUGUCUGGUCAAUCUUCAAUGCCGCUAACUUGCCCUCGGACUGCAUCAACCUUGGCCAAGGGUACAUGAACUUUGCCCCACCAAAGUGGGUCACGGCUGCCGCUGAGACGGCCCUGAACGAGGUCGCGACCAACCAUUAUUCGCAUCCGAAGGGCCGACCACGUCUGCGUCAGGCGAUCAAGCAGACCUACGAGGAACAGUUUGGCCGCUCGCUCGACAUCGAAUCUGAGAUCUUGAUCACCAGCGGCGCCAAUGAAGGAAUGUACUCAGUGCUCACUGCCUUUCUCGAGGUUGGGGACGAGGUCAUCAUGUUCGAGCCGUUCUUCGACCAAUACCUCCCUUCUGUGACGUUCAAUGGUGGAAAGCCCGUCUACGUCCCCUUACAUCCGCCGCCUGCAAGUCACAACAUCCGCUCCACCAGCAACGAAUGGACUAUCGACUUUGACGAGCUCAAGCGCGCUAUCUCGCCGCGCACCAAGAUGCUUAUCGUCAAUACCCCCCACAACCCCGUUGGCAAGGUCUUCUCUCGGGAAGAACUCGAAAAGAUAGCUGCUCUCGCCAUCGAGCACAAUUUCAUCGUCAUGUCGGACGAAGUAUAUGAUUGCUUGGUCUUCGACAAGAAGGAGCACGUUCGUAUUGCAACUCUUCCUGGAAUGUGGGAACGCACGGUCACUGUUGGGUCUGCAGGAAAGUCGUUCGCUGCUACGGGAUGGCGCGUCGGCUGGUUGAUCGGCCCGGCUAACAUCAUCCGACCCACUCUGGCGGCGACAACGCGUAUCGUAUUUUGUACCAACUCGCCAUUGCAAGAAGCUGUCGCUAUCGGUCUUGAACAGACGAAACAGCAUAACUUCUUUCCGACCCAGUGUGAUGAAUACGAAGAACGUCGGGACGUUCUCAUUCGAGCCUUCGAGAAGCUCGGCGUCAAGUACUCGCUCCCGCUGGGCAGUUACUUCGUUCUGAUGGACAUCUCGCAGCUGAAUAUCCCGGAUGAUUAUCCAUUCCCUGACACUGUUCUGGGGCGCGGUCAUGAUUUCAAGGCUUGCUGGUUCAUCGCGAUGGAGGUUGGCGUCUCCUCGAUUCCCGUUAGCGAGUUCUACUGCGAGGAGCACACGCACAUCGGCGAGGUCUACGCUCGCUUCGCCUUCUGCAAAGACGUUGACACCCUCAAGGCCGCCGGAGAGCGGCUUCAGGGUCUCAAGAAGUUCUUGAGCCCGGCGUAG